UGCUCUCAAACGGUGACGUUUCAAUCCGUCCUCUCGUUUCCCUCCUCCCCCUCCCUCCCUCUUCUCCUUCGAUUCGCUCCAUUUCCAGAUCUGCCUAUCACUCCUCGGAUUUCCAUCUCUGAGAAAAAAGAAACCGCGAGUAAAGCUUAAUUAGGGCAGCACAAAAGGAAAAACAUGUCGCACAGCGAUACAAUCCCCUUGCACCCCUCAUCCCAAUCUGACAUCGACGAGAUCGAAAACCUAAUUAACGACAGCGUCCAUUCGGGCCCUGCCACGGUUCUCCCAGCCCGGCCCUCGAGUCCGCCUCGGGCAUCGAUCCCGGUGUCUUCCGCUUCAUUCAUCCAAUCCAACAUCCCUCCGCCUCCGCUCUCCUCCCAUCAGAAGGUGCAAUCUGUUCCCAGUCCUCCGCUGCCACCACCUGGUAACUCCACCAGCUCUGGUGGCCCCAAUAUUGCUUCGACCGGGUUCGGAUCUCCCCCUAAUACCUUGACAGAACCCGUCUGGGACACGGUGAAGAGAGAUCUCUCACGAAUUGUGAGCAACUUGAAGCUGGUGGUGUUCCCCAAUCCGUACAGAGACGAUCCGGGCAAGGCGCUUAGGGAUUGGGAUCUUUGGGGUCCCUUUUUCUUCAUUGUGUUCUUGGGACUCACGCUUUCUUGGUCCGCAUCGAUCAAGAAGUCUGAGGUGUUUGCUGUUGCAUUUGCGCUCCUUGCAGCUGGUGCUGUGAUCUUGACAUUGAACGUGCUACUUCUGGGUGGACAUAUAAUUUUCUUCCAGAGCCUGAGUCUUCUGGGUUACUGUCUGUUUCCUCUGGAUGUUGGAGCACUGAUCUGUAUGCUGAAGGACAACGUGGUAAUCAAAAUGGUUGUCGUGUGUGUGGCGCUGGCUUGGAGUUCCUGGGCUGCCUAUCCAUUCAUGAGUUCAGCUGUGAAUCCAAGGAGAAAAGCCCUUGCGCUGUAUCCCGUCUUCCUCAUGUAUGUAUCUGUUGGUUUUCUCAUUAUUGCCAUCGAUUAAUGCAUCAGUAUUCCCAUUGAAAAGGAUUCCGGGAGUUAUAUAGAAAUUUCACUGAGUGGUUGAUUUCUUAACAUGUUUCUGUACAUUAUAUUUCUGACUUGAAAAAUUGUUGGGAAAAGUUCAAUAUGCCAAUAUUACAUACUAGUUUCUUCAUGACACUUUUCAUUUUGUUCCCCAUACUCCUUUUCAGAAAUAGUGAUGUAGGAUAUGUUCAAGUUGAAAGUUUGAAGUUUCUUGCUUUUCAUGCAAGCCUUCUGCUUAAUAAUUUUGCAGCAAGAUAAUGAAUGCUCGUGGGUUCAGUCUAUGACUGUUA